UUCUGACGUCAGAGCACAGCAGUCGAGGCGCAUUUACGACACCUCGCUAUGUUUACGGCAUCUCGCGUUGCUUGCUGGCUGCGGUAGAAGCCAAACAAACAAACUCGCCCAAACUUCAUGCCUCGAGUGUGGAAACACCGUUAAGCAGCAGAACGUCCACUUUUAAGCCCACCUCCACUUUCCAGGGAUCACAGGAUGCUUCUCCAAAAUCGAGCUGUUCUUGCAUUUGGUCUUCGCAUGUACUCCACCCAUGUGACCAAUGGAUCUGCGAUGAGCAACUCAAGACCCAGCACAGACAUGUCUGAAUUCCGCCAGGUCUUUUCCAAAGCCAGACACAUAGCAAUCAUCACAGGGGCGGGUGUGAGUGCAGAGAGCGGAGUACCCACCUUCAGGGGGGAAAAUGAGAAGUGGAGGAAGUGGCUGUCUCAGGACCUGGCCACUCCCGAGGCCUUCUCCCGCACUCCCUCCCGGGUCUGGGAGUUCUAUCACUACCGCAGGGAGCUGGUGAUGAGCAAGAAUCCCAGCGCUGCCCAUCUGGCUAUAGCAGAGUGCGAGGCGCGGUUGAAGAAGCAGGGACGGUCUGUGGUCGUCAUCACCCAGUGCAUAGACGAUCUUCACCGACAGGCUGGGUCCAAAAAUGUGCUCAAGAUACAUGGCAGUCUACUGGAGACACGCUGUAUGAGUUGUGGACAUGUGGCAGUGAACAAGCGAAGCCCUAUAUGCGCUGCCCUGAAGGACAAAGGUGCACCUGGCCCAGAUGUUCCUGAUGCCCAGAUUCCUGUGGAUAAACUUCCAAGGUGUGAGGAAACUGACUGCCACGGCCUGCUGAGGCCCAAUGUGGUGUUUUUCGGAGAAACUCUGGACUCUCAUAUCUUGACCAAGGUCGAAAAGGAGAUGGAAAUCUGUGACCUCUGCCUGGUGGUGGGCACAUCCUCCAUUGUUUACCCAGCAGCCAUGUUUGGCCCCCGGGUUGCAGCCAGAGGCGUCCCAGUAGCAGAGUUCAACACACAAGUAUCACCCAAAACCGAGUACUUCACGUACCAUUUCCAGGGUCCAUGUGGAGAUACGCUGCCUCCAGCGCUGGCGCAACAUGAGUCAGAGGUUGUGUAGCGACUUUACAGAGUAUACAGUCGAAUGCAGACCACAACCAGCACAUUCGUGGUUCAUUCAUUCCUUGCAGUGACAUCCCUUUGGCUGUAAGUGCAGAGUUGAGCGUAAUUUAGCGAAAUGACUCUUAGUACUUGAAUAUAAAACACUCUAAACUGGAAAUGAGAUGCUUUACCUAUUGCGUAGGAAAACUGAGCUUUCAUAAGGCGUUAUUCUUUGCAUAUUAGAUGCUGGUGAUGGACUGCUAAGAUUCUCUGCAUUAACAUUUGGUGCUAGUGGUGUACCCGUAUUUCUUUCCAUGUUCUAACAGAUGUACAGACCAUAACACACUCCUGUGCCUUCAAACCUGUUUACACAGCCUCGACCAAAUGCUUGCUUUAAACCUCAAGUGCAAAUCAGCCAGUGUUACGGAGAUUAAGGUCACAGAGUUUGCUGUCGACCAAGGAAAGAGCGAGUGGAAAUAAUCAUUCCUAGCUUGAUUCAGCAUUAUUAUGUUGAGUAAAGUCAAGUCAUGGAUCAUUCAUGUUACAUUUACACAGUUCCUCGUAUGUUCGUUAAAACUGUCUGACUGUAUAUGCAAAUUGUUUGGAAUUGAAAACAGUUGUAUUGUGUUAAAUAAUAUGAUCUGCUAUUUCUUAACUUCUUGCCCGCAGGCAUCGCACACAAUAUUCCUGUCUAAUUAAUAAACACACAAUGUAUA